AUGAUGAUGAUGACGCAGCAGUAUGAAGAGUCUGAUGACUGCUCUGAGUUGAUUCCAGCUCGUAGUUACGUCACGAAUAGCAGGGAGAAGCUGCUGCACCUGACCACACCUGUUGGAAACGGCCUGCCCGCCCUGACCCCUCCCUCCUCUGCUGUGACAGAUGGCGCCGUAGUCAGGGAAACUGAGGUUGUGAAUGGAAACGGUGGCCCCGCCCCUCUCGACUUCAGCAGGCCCACUUCCUCUUCCUCAUCCUCUGAGGACCAGCAGCCGAUCAACCUGAGUGACCCGCCUCCUCAGCGCCUGCCCCUGCCCGCCUCACACCUGCCCAUCACUGUCUCAGCGGCGGCCGCGGCGCUGCUCGGCGCGCUCCAUCCCAGCGCGCCCGAGGAGCUCCGCAGGAAGUACCCGCUGGCUGCCAAACCUCCUCUAGCUCCACAUCCCGCCCUGCCCCUGCCGCACACACACGCUCCUCACAAUGCACACGCCCCCAACACGCAGUCACACACACACGCGACCGAGCUGCGACUGGACCGCGACGGCAGGGAAUAUGGCGGCAAGUCCCCACAGUACAGUUCAGGCGGCAGCUACGACAGCAUGAAAAUGGACUUGAGCGCCGAAGACUUGACCGUGGGGCGUCAUGGUAGCCAGGGCGCUCCCGAUGAUGAUGACGACGACCACGACGACCACGACGACAACGACAAGAUGAACGACACGGAGGGCGUCGACCCCGAGAGAUUAAAAGCCUUUAAUAUGUUUGUGCGUCUGUUUGUGGACGAGAACUUGGAUCGGAUGGUGCCCAUCUCCAAGCAGCCUAAGGAGAAGAUCCAGGCCAUCAUCGAGUCCUGCAGCAGACAGUUCCCAGAGUUCCAGGAACGCGCCCGCAAGCGCAUCCGCACCUACCUCAAAUCCUGCCGUCGCAUGAAGAAGAACGGCAUGGAGACCCGCCCCACUCCACCUCACCUCACCUCGGCCAUGGCUGAGAACAUCCUGGCUGCUGCCUGCGAGAGCGAAUCACGCAACGCUGCCAAGAGGAUGCGCCUCGAAGCCUACCACGAUGAGCAGAUCACUCUGGAUAAGCCGUCCGGGGUCGGAGGCGUUCUGAGGGAGCCGGCGUCCCUCGCUCACUCCGCCUACUCAUUGGCCGCCUCAGCCUUCUCCUCCCAGGAGUCCCAGCUCUAUAUCAACGGCGCUGGCCUCAGCUACGGUUACCGUGGAUACCCAGGCCUGAGCGCCACCAUGCAACACCCUGUUUCCCUGACAACCGGUGCUGCCGCUGCCGCUGCUGCUGUUGCCGGUCAGACCAACGGCCCCACUGACCUCAGCAUGAAGUCUCACUCCUCCACCAACGUCAGUAACUCCUCCUCUUCUGUUGCCGCCAACAGCCUCGGUGGGCGGGGCAGUGGUGGCGGAGGAGGGGGCGGGGCGUCGACCCAGCUCAGCCAGCCAGAGAUCACGGCCGUGCGUCAGCUGAUCGCCGGAUACCGAGAGUCAGCCGCCUUCCUGCUGCGCUCAGCAGACGAGCUGGAAAACCUCAUCCUGCAGCAGAACUGAUCUCACACACUCUCUCACACACACACACACACACACACUACCCCGUCACGUUUCCUGCGCCCUCGCCAGCCUCGUCUGGUUUUGAAACUGUGGCGACCGUUUGGAGGAAAACGGGAACCUGAGGCCGCAGCGAGGGCGAAGAAUCCACCGAAUCCUGCCUGAGAACAAAAACGCCGCAGGAAGCUCGGCUCCUCUGCGGAGGCGCCUCACAAUCACAGAGGAGGAGGAGCAAAGACUCUGGGGAGCUGUGGGAGUUCGGGUCGAUCUUCUUCUGGUUAUAAAAACGACGUCGCGCUGAGGCGGUCUGUUUUCGGACGCUGUCCGUUUCUUCGUUGGGACGUUUUUGUGAUUUUUCCGUUGGACUUUUUUAAAGUGAACAGACUGUUCGUGCUCGCCUGUAUAUAAGCUCUCUGUGUCCUUCAGCACUUUCUCCUCACCUCUGACCUCACCCCGUCCUUCCCCUUGGCCCCGGGAGCCGCGUGCUCACUUAUGCAUCCGAGACGCCAUUUUGACCGCCAGGAAAUACCUCAGAUCAGACCUGCCAAUCAAACGCUCAGCUCCUGCAGGUGAAGCCGGGUUUCUCCGCCUCCUGAUGUCGUCAGCGUUUCUUUCUUUUCUGAGGAGAGUUGUGCACGUGUGCGCAGGUUUACCUCCAGCUUCUACGAAACCUCAGCAUCUGUCCCUCCUCCUCCUCCUCUUCUUCUCUCUGUUUGGACCUACUCUCCGGCUCUUCUUCGUGGACCUAAACCUCCUCCUCUUCCUCAGGCUUGAGGAUGAGGAGGACUGCUCCGUCUUACUGUGUGUGUCUGUUAAACUCUGAGAUGGCCAUUACUAUUAUUGUUGUUAUUACUAUGAUUAUAAUGAUGAACUUUCAUGUUGCUGCUGCUAUUUUAAAAACCGGACCUUCUGCCAUAGACCUGAAACCUCAACACAGCCGGGCGGUAGCUCGCCGCAGUGCCCCGUGAAAACGCGACCAACCGGCUCAGAGAGCGACGGUCCGAUCCGGCGCUCCUCUCUGUCCCGCUGGCUGCUUGGUCGGCUGCUUUCUUUGUUUUGCUUCAUAGGGCUCGAUUCCUGUCGUGUUUUGUGACUUUCUAACUGUGAAUCUUCUUCUUUUCGGACCCUCCCCUCAGUUUGGAGGGCACGGGGAGGGCUGUACAAACUUCUAGUCCCGUGUAGAUUAAUACUAUCUGUUUGUUUACUAGUGGGUAACUUGUGAUUAGUCUGAGAGGAAAGUGAGGCAGCAGAUAAGUGGAGCGGGAGCUCCUCCCUCAGGUUCUCAGCCAUGUUGGAAUCACACCUGAUGUUCUGGUCCCUGCUUACGCUCUGCUGCUUGAAGAGUUUGACCUUUGUGGAAAUAGGAUUUGCUUUCAAGUUAGAUGAAAAUCUGACCUCAUUGUUGUACCUGUCUGUAAAUUUCAGCUGCACCUUCCAACCCUGGAGCUCUAGAAGCUGCAGUUCCUCUGAUGUCCUCUGGAGGCUCCAGUGGUGGGUCGGCCUCAUAGACUCCCAUGUUAAAACUUUAGAGCAGAAGUUAACAUGCUUAUGGCUCAGCAGUAGCUUCUGGACCAUAUAGGAUACAAGACAGUAGCCCUAAGCUAGCUUAGCUUUAAACACUAGAAGCUGGGGGAAGUGGCUAGCUUACUCAUUAGCAUGUUAUGCCCUGUAAAAAGAAGCCAUACUAAAAAAAGAGAGAAAGCAUAACAUGUUAGCUGGUGCUCUGUACAGGAAUAAUCUGACCUUUAAACAGAGCCAGGCUAGCUGUUUACCCCUGCCUGCAGUCUUUGAGCUAAGCUAAGCUAGCUGUCAGAACAUCAAACGUCCCAUCAGGAUCUCUGCAAGGAAGCAAGUUAUUUCCCCAAAGCCAAACUCUUCCUUUAAUUCUCGUUCUCAUCACUGCUGAGUACUUUUGUCUUUUGAUAGCGUUGUUUAAAGAUAAUUAUUUUUCAUUAUGUGAAAUUUAGCUUCAAAGUGCAUUUUGAACCUAAGCUCGUUAGACCCUCGGGCUCGUUAAGGCCUCGGGCUCGUUAAGGCCUCGGGCUCGUUAAGGCCUCAGGCUUGUUGGGGCCUCGGGCUCGUUAAGGCCUCAGGCUCGUUGGGGCCUCGGGCUCAUUAAGGCCUCAGGCUCGUUAAGGCCUCAGGCUCGUUAAGGCCUCAGGCUCGUUGGGGCCU